CACGCCGCCGCCGCCCCGGCCCCGCCCUCUCCCGUCCCGCUAGCUCGUCGGCGCACGGGACGGACAGGCUGCCCCUCAGGACGUGCCUCGCGAGCGGUACCCAGAGGCGAGGUCGAGACCCGGCCGGGAGUCCCCAGAUUCCCCCCACCCCGUCUCCUGGGGACACCGCCUCGGAGGGCUUCUCGGAGGUGGCGGCGGCCUCGGCCUCGGCCUCGGUGCUGCAGGGGGCGGGAAGGGAGGCCGACUCCCUCGGCUACCCGCUGAGCCCAGGUAGAAGGGCCGAGCUGAGCCGAGGCCACCGGUCCUGGGGCCGGCUGAAGAGCAUCCGUCGCUCAUCGCCCGGAGUUGAAAUUGGAGAUGAUUUUCGAGAACCAGCCCUCAAGGAUAGGCACUGCUCUGGGUAGCAGCUCGGUGUGGCCGGCACCUCCGCUGAGUCUUCCGAUGCUGCACUUGACUGUGACUCUCCGUUUCUGGGUGGACUCCCGCUGAUGGCGUGUUCGCUCCGGGGUCAGCACUCAACAGUGCUCUGCUCCCUUGCGGCUCAGCCCUGCCUCAGUACAUCUUGGGGUGGAAGGACUAGAGCUCCGCCACGCCCUGGGGAUGGCAGCCAUUCUCCUGACCACGAGACCCAAGGUGCCAGUAUCUUUUGAGGACGUGUCCCUGUACUUCACAAAGACAGAAUGGAAGCUUCUGGACCUCAGACAAAAGGUCCUCUACAAGCGGGUGAUGCUGGAAAACUAUAGCCAUUUGGUGUCACUGGGGUUUUCCUUCUCCAAGCCUCACCUGAUCUCCCAAUUGGAGCGAGGGGAAGGACCCUGGGUAGCAGACAUCCCCAGAACCCGGGCCACCAGAGGAUUGCUCAUAGGUGACAGGACACAGAGCAGGACAUCAACUUCAACGCAGAAGCAUUCUGGACCACAACUCCCUGGGGCCGAUCCACAAGGUGGCAAGGAGGGGCAAGCAGCAAGGUCGUCUGUGCUGCAGAGAGGUGCCCAAGGGUUGAGGCCGAGCUCAGCCACAGGGUCGCAGGGCCACAAAGGUGCGGAGAAGCGGUACCUGUGCCAGCAGUGCGGGAAGGCCUUUAGCCGCAGCUCCAACCUCAUCAAGCACCUCAUCAUCCACAGUGGCGAGAAGCCUUAUGCGUGCCCCGCGUGCGGCAAGCUGUUCCGCCGCAGCUUUGCGCUCCUGGAGCACCAGCGCAUCCACAGCGGCGAGAAGCCCUACGCCUGCCCUGAGUGCGGCAAGACCUUCACGCGCAGCUCCAACCUCAUCAAGCACCAAGUCAUCCACAGCGGCGAGUGGCCCUUCUCCUGCGGCGACUGCGGCAAGCUGUUCCGCCGCAGCUUCGCACUCCUGGAGCACGAGCGCGUGCACAGCGGCGAGCGGCCCUACGCCUGCCCCGAGUGCGGCAAGGCCUUCAGCCGCAGCUCCAACCUCAUCGAGCACCAGCGCACGCACCGCGGCGAGAAGCCCUACUCCUGCGGCCAGUGCGCCAAGGCCUUCAAGGGCGUCUCGCAGCUCAUCCACCACCAGCGCAGCCACAGCAGCGAGCGGCCCUUCGAGUGCCACGAGUGCGGCAAGGCCUUCCGCGGCCGUUCGGGCCUCAGCCAGCACCGGCGCGUGCACAGCGGGGAGAAGCCCUAUGAGUGCAGUGACUGCGGCAAGGCCUUCGGUCGGCGCGCCAACCUCUUCAAGCACCAGGCAGUGCACGGCGCCAGGCGCCCAGCAAAGGCAAAAGCAGAGACGGCGCGGCGGCGAGCGGGCCCCAGGAGCGCCAGUCCUGGGAGAGUAGUGGCGGCCAGCAGCCCCCCGCAGGUGAGCGUGGUUUCCAAGCCUUCCUGGCCCAGCCGCCACUGACUCCCCGCCAGCGCACCCACGGCGCAGCAGGCCGCCGUGGGGGGCCUUCCAGGGGACGUAGAGGCUCAGCCCCCUUCAGGUGGGAAGAACCCCCUCCCAAGGCCGCGACAGCAGCCUCAGCCCUGACCUCUUUGGCCAUCAGAAGACCCCAGGCAGAGCCUCACCCUGAGGCUGAGAAACGCAGGAGGCACUCAGAACAGAGGAAUGCACCCUUCCUCUGGGGCCACCUGCCCUGGCUCCUCCGCCGAGGACAGUGCAGACCACCGAUGGAGGCCCUCUACUCCCUCCAGGGUCCUGGUACUAUGGUGUGUGCACAGGCAUGUGUGGAGGGAUGCACAAGCCAUCCCUCGGAUUUGCAUCAGCAUCGCCUGCUGCGGGUAAAGACAAGGCCGCGUGAGGCCAGUGAAGCCAGCCAGCCGGGGCACGCUGGCUUUGGGUUAAGAGGAAUGGUCCAUUUCCUCCCUGGGGGUCGUUCCCCUCACUCCAAAAGUUGUUAGUGUUCCCAGGUAGAAGAUACUGAAAGCACUUUAAUCCUUUAAGAGCUUAUAUUGUGGGUGGGGGAGACUCUCAAGCUAGCACAGAAGCAAGAGGCUACCUGAACGUGGGCACAAGAUGGAGGUAUGUUCCGGAAAACUCAUACCUUGUCUGGGAGGAGGAGCAGUGCCUAGGCCCCAUUAUCCGUGAACACCGUGGUUCUAGGAAUGGCUGGCCCAGGACCCGCAGAAAGGAUAAGACCCUGGGACUGUCGGCAUCCCCUCUCUGGGAGAGAAGCUCUUCCCUUCUGGUCACUCACAUUCGGACAUUUUCAGCUAGCCACCCUGCUGGCUUCGGUUUCCCCCCUGCCCACCCACUGCCUUCUGCCCCCCAGACCCCACCAGCAAAGACCACCCUGGCCUCUCUGUCCCUUAUCCCCCUGCCCUGCCCCACCACCAGUGCCUAAAUCUUCACACUUACCUGCUCCUCCCCAUCAGACGACCUCUCUUUUGGCUGGUGAUGAAUAGGAGAAAAGCCAGAUGGGUUAGGAAUUUGCACUUAGGCAACAGAGCAAGCCCAGGAACGGAUCUUUCAUUGAAUGUCUUUUGGGUGACAUUUUGUAGAAUAUUGGACAUUCUGUUGCUUUUAAUAUUUUUUGUAUUCAGAGGUAAUGUACAUUGAAAAUAGAUUUUGCCAUAUCAGAGUGUAAGGGAAUCACUCCCUAAAUAGGAGUCCCCCCAACCCUCUGAGAAGACCUCAGGCAGGAGAAAGGGGGCCACUCCAGGCCUGCCCCCUGAUGAGUAUGGUGGCAAGCCUGGCCCCUCUUCUCCCUACAACAAUGCAGUCCACCCUUCCUCCCCUUAGCCCUGCAGAGACAGGGCAGACCCUUCAAGUGUCACUUUACUGAAAGCCAAGUGGAAUUCUCAAGGAAAAGACUCAGGGCUGGCAGACGUAGCUACUGGCAGACCUUGACUAGUCUUAGAUCCCCAGCCCUGUCCCCAAAUCUGGGCCCAGGAACUCUGCCCCUUGGUGCUCUCAGCCUAGUGUCCUGGUCAGCGGCCACCCCCUUCCAGCCCUGUCCCCUCCCAGAGAAGAGGGGAUUUAUCAUCUACAAAGACUGAGGGCAGUGAAGGGGGGUCUUCAGAGACAGCUGCCUCUCAUCAGGAGUGUGGGAACACCUGAAAAUACAGGAUUCCCUCAGAGAAUGCCCCUUGGAGUGCCAGUCAUUUCACACACACGCGCGCGCGCACACGUGAGCACACAAGCACAUGUUUUAUAUAUAUAUAUAUAAAUAUAUGAGUUAUUUGAUGAAAACUUCUAGAGUUCUCUUCAGCUGCUCUUGUUCCGUUGCCUCCUUCAGUGGGUCCCUAUCCCCGUCCUAUCAUUGUGUUCUUUUCUACGAGCCUGCCUCAUAAGCCUGCAAGUAUGUGUCACGCCUGUCCCCAUGCCCUCCAUGCCAAGCCCAGUGCUGUUAAUCAGUAAGCGUGAGUGAAAUGGGUCUUGUAGUCCUAGCACCUCAGACUCAGGCCUGGGACCAUCAUCGGCUCCAGCCUUGCCUUGAGGCAAUCCGAAGCAUCUACAACUUUGGGUUUUCUGAAAAAGAAGUAUUAGGAAUGGUGUAUUAGAAGUCCCUGGUGAUGCCAUUGGGAAGUCUGGGUUUUUCUGUCAUGCAGACAGUCUUUGCAAAGGUUGGCAUGGGUCCAGAAACGCAGUCCUCAUGUGGAGCAGGUGCCCAUGGUUGGUUCAACUGAACCAGAAAAGAAACAUAUCCAUGCAGUCUGUUACCCAUUUCCAUCACUCUAGGAAGUAAACGAUUCCAUUCCUAUAAGCCAGACAGCAGGUACUUUCACUCAAGAAGAGUCGACUCCUCAGUAUCAUGCCAUGCCGUCGGUUCUGAUGCGUGAGCGAACUCUAUUUUUAAAGAAGUUCCUUUUCCUCACCUUGAGACCUACGCCCAAGACUGAGCAGAUACAGGCAGGACAAGGUACGUGAGUUGUCGGCAGAAAGUGGAGUUGCCUGGAAAAGCUCCAGGGUCCCCAGUGCUUACUUAGAUAAAUGGCAUUUAAAAUAGUGUAGCCUUUCGUCACUGCUUGGUCUCGUUUAGCUCCUCUUAAUGGCGUUCUCACUGCAAGGUGGUCAUUGCUAUCAUUUUCUUUGGGUGUGCCAAUUAGGUAUGCCUCGUGAACUGAACAGGUAUCACAUGGAAUCAAAGUCAGAAUGCCCUAAAAGAACAUUUGUGUUUUUCCUUCAAUGGUGCCUUUAAAUUGGGCUCCCUCCCUCUUGCUAUAUGGGGAACUGGGAGGGUAGCCUACGCUUGCUUUGCGAUGGACACAGCUAAAAUGUAAAAGCUUAAACUAUGGGGAAGUCUUGCCUGUUUUCCAGGGCUUCCUCCACCCCGCCACCCAAGAAUUUUCCUGGAUAAAAAUCUGGGACCCCUUUGCCUUUGGGCUUCUGCCCUUUGAGACUGUGAACACUUCAAGAGCCACGGAAACGCUCUGGCAGUGUCUCCGCGUAACUAGUAGCUUGUCUCGGCUGGAUUCACGGUGAAAUGGAAUUGUUCCCAUUUGGUUUGAGCAUUGGCCUGGGGGCUCUUCUCAGGGUUUAAACUAUAUGGAUUAGGUUCAAGGUUACAGGAAAGGCUGUGAGCCUGGGAUUGUGAGAAAUGGCCAGAGAUGGUGCUUGGGUGUUCUUUGGGGGGUCCUUGUGAAGGUGAGACAGAAAGGCCUUGUGGGUGAGCUGCCUCGGGUCAGCCCAGGGGUGCAGACUCCUCUGGCUGGGAUCACAGGCAGCCUCCAGAGGCCUCUCAGACACCGUGACUCUGAGAUCAGAGGGACGGGAGGCCGCACCUGGUCCCGUGUGUUCCCCAGCAAAGUGUCGUAACAGUCUCCUGAGAACACAGAUGUGUUUUUUUCCCAGUUGUUUCUGUUCCCAGACUUCAGGCAACAUGGCAGCUCCCACGCUUCCCAGUGUAGCUGCAAGAGCAGCUCUGGAGACAGAGGGACUUCUUGCAAGGGAAAGGAAGUGCUUGGGUUAGGACAGGUAGGGGAAGAACGGAAAGGAUGAGGUGUGUUCAGGGAAGCCUAGAAGGGCAGAGAGAUUGUGGUAGGACAGGUAUGGGCUGAAGGGUCAGUUAGAACCAGAGUGUGGAGACUGUGGGAUGCCGUAUGCAAAAGUUUGGGCUCUAAUGGGUUCCUGAUGAGGAGCAACUUUCCAAAAACAUGAAAGAAUGAUUGUACGAUUGACAAAGGGAAUUGAAUGUAAAUUAUAACUCCCACCGGGCUUGAAUUUUAUAACUGUGAUGCCCAUGAGGUGUUGAGCAGGGGGCAUGAUGAGGAUGAGGCAGCAUGAGAGGGGACAGCUUUGACACAAGACUUCCAGCCAUGUGUCUCAGGGACUCGCACUUGCCAUGGGACUUGCAGCUGGUUCCAUCUAAUGUCAGCCCCAGUGCAUCUGUCACUGUCUUCAGAAAACGGGGAUCCUCCAGGAUCUUACACUGUUGGAAGUACCUUCAUUUCAAGGCCUUGAACUUUUGAAAGGAGCACAGUGCCCUCCUUUUGUGUUCAGGAAGACCAAACUAGGUCCUUCUCCACCACCGGGCAAUAUUGAUAUGGGAAAUGGAAGCCUGCUGCAGACAUGAAGGUCGGUGAUUGUUUCAUCUUCCUGUGACAGCUUUAUGAAGGUAUAAUAGGCAUCUUUAAAGUGUACAGUUGGAGGGCUCUGGCAUGUGAGUACACCCAUGAAACCUCCCCCACAAUCGACACAGUGAAUUUAUCCACCACUCCCAAUAGUGGCCUUGUGCCCCCAACAACCCCUCUUUCCUGCUCCUCACUGUCCCCCUUCCCCACCGCCCCUGCUUGGCUUGCUGUCACUAUAGACUAAUUUUCAUUUUCUAGAGUUCCAGAGAAACGGACUUAUAAUGUGCGUCUGGCCUCUUUCAUCAGGUGUUUUUGUGCAUAUCAAUACUUCCUUUUUUAUUGCUGGUAGGGUCCCACUUGAUGGGUGGACCACAAUACCUGCUGAAUGCCUGUUGAUGGACAUUUGGGUUGUUACCAGGUUUGGGCCAUGACAAAUAAAGCUACUGUGAA